AUGGUUGUCGAGUUUGUAAAUAUGGAAACACCGCAGCAGCGCAAGGUGUAUAUUGGAAAUCUUUCCUACAACACCACUGAAGAGGAUUUGAAGGAGUAUGUGUCUCGAAGCGUUGAACCAGUUUCGAUAGAGCUGUUGUACAAUUACAAGGGGCUUCCCCGCGGCGCUGCUAUCGCCGAAUUCGCUACCCCUGAAGAUGCUGAAAAGGUGAUUGGCGAUCUGAACGAAGAUACCUUGGAGGGACGCACGACCUACCUUCGUCCGGCCCGUCCCAACCCGUCUUCCGCCACCGACGGCGACGAUUCUGGGAAACCUUUCUACAAUAGAUUCGCCGCCAACGAAAAGGGCACCACUGUGUUCUUUGGGAACCUGCCCUGGUCCAUGGCAUGGCAGGACCUCAAAGAUUUCGCCCGAGCGGCUGGCCCCGUGAUUAGAGCUGAUGUGCCUGUCGGCGACCAACGCCGCUCCAAGGGCUACGGCACAGUCGUGUAUGAAACAAAAGAGGCUGCCGACGAGGCUAUUGAGACUCUCAAUGGCAAGGAGGUUGAUGGCCGUGUCAUUGAAGUCCGUCUCGAUCGGCCCUUAUCUGAACGAAUGUCCGAAUCCGGCUCGUUCGCCAAAAAGCAACCCACCCGCGGCUCUUUCCGCCGCCCCGUGCACUCAAGCUUUGCAUCCGCAUCUGGUCACGGUGUUCCCUCCAACACGAUCCACGUCAGUAACUUGCCCUGGCAAACCACCGACACCGACCUGGUUGAUCUGUUCCGCACCGUCGGUGUGGUAGAACAAGCCGAAAUACAGCGUUUCCCUGACGGCCGUCCUUCCGGCAGUGGUCUCGUAAAGCUUCUGGGCAACUCCAUGGCGGCCGUCGCGAUAGAAAGCUUCAAUGGUUAUAGAUACGGUGGUCAGGACCUCGUGGUGACUUACGCCCGCUAUCCUCCUCCUCUGGAGCGAAGCAGCUAA